AACUACAAUAAUAACCUAUAAUUCUCAGAAACAAGUAGUAAAUAUUGUUUAUUCAAUAUGGAUAUCUUAAAUUCUAAAAAUCCAGAGGACUUCAUAAAACCCCAAAUUCUUAAUCUGGGAAAAUGCAAUUACAGAAGGUAUGGAGCGGAAAUCGAAAUUCAAAAUAAAAACACUUCUAAAUUGGGUCCAUAUUUAGAUAACGAUGAUGAUAUGAUUAACUGUGCAGAAAUUGAGGAUGAUUUGGAAAUCAAAGUAACGAAAAGUGGAAAGUUUAUUGCCCAAUUUCAUAUUGCUCCAGUAUUUUACCCGACAAUAAUUGGUGUAAAGGGUACAAAUAAAAGGCAACUGGAAUCUGCUACUGAUACAAGCAUAAAGAUCCCAAAGGUAGGUGAAUCUGGUAACAUAAUCAUAACUGGCAAUUCAGAAAGGAGUAUUUCAUCGGCACAUGCAAGACUUCAAAUGCUUGUUUUGCAAUUGAGAGAUAAACAGCAAAUGACCCAUUUCAUCUCUGUACCAGUUGCAUCAAGUGAAAUCGACAAGCAAUUCCAGAUAUUCAAAUCUAAUUUAUUAGAUGGUCCUCCAUUGAGAGGUGUUGAUGAUAGUAUAUUUCAAAGACCAAAUAAGUUCCAUUUGACUAUUGCUCCAUUGGUGCUGAUGGAUAAUAUUGAAAAGCUCUUGGCAAUCCAGCUUCUACAGGAAUGCAAAGAGGAAAUUAUUAGUCCUCUUUUUAAAAACGCUAAUCCCAUGAGGAUAAUCCUUGAGGGAUUGGAAAUUAUGAAUGAUGAUCCUAGUGACGUCGAUGUUUUGUAUGCCAAAGUCAAACUAAGUUUACCCAAAUAUGGGAGCAGUUUCCAAAGCAUGGCAGACAAGAUUGUCGAACAUUUCGCUAACAAAGGUUUAAUUAGAAAGCAAUACGAGAGCGUCAAACUGCACGUGACUUUAAUGAAUUCGCUGUUUCGUAGAGGGAAUGCCCAAAAUGAAAGACACGUCAGAGAAUCGUUCGAUGCCACCUACAUAUUACAAAAAUACAAAAAUUUUCGCUUCGGUGAAACUGAUUUGAACGCUGUUCAUCUAUCCAUUAGAUUUGUUAAUACUGAUGGAAAAUACUAUGAUUCAUUGAGCACUAUUAACAUAUUUUGA